AUGCUUCUUUUCCGAUGGGUAGCCGCAGCAGCCAUUGCCACCGUUCAGUUGCUGAUGGUUGCGUACUUCUGCUUGUGGGCCUAUCGGAUACGAAUGAGUCCCGUCCAUGACUACGGCUACUUGAUCCACGAAUUCGAUCCCUGGUUCAACUUCCGUGUCGCGCAAUACUUGUCCAAACAUGGUUGGUUUAAAUUCGCGAAAUGGUAUGAUUACAUGUCUUGGUAUCCUAUUGGGCGGCCCAUCGGAACGACAACCUAUCCCGGGAUGCAGUUUGCAAGUAUCUGGAUCUGGAACGUUCUCAAGUCCACUCCAAAGAUGGACGUGGAGCUCCCACUGUGGUUGCUGCAAUCAUUCCCGAAGAGGUGGCGAACGUUUUUGCCUGGCCACGGGCACAUGUCAUUCGGGCCGAUGAAGCUGAACGACGUCUGUGUGUUGACACCGGCUUGGUUUGGUGGGUUCGCAACUCUAUUCCUCGUGUUGUUGACCAUAGAGGCUUCUGAGAGUCGUUCAGCUGGAGUUGCUGCUGGAAUGGUGAUGGCCAUCAUUCCAGCGCAUAUGAUGCGUUCCAGUGCCGGAGAGUAUGACAACGAGGCUGUGGCGGUCACUUGCUUCUGCGCAACCUUCUGGUUAUGGUGCCGGUCGAUCAGAACUCCUAGAUCUUGGCCCUGGGGCGUGCUUGCCGGUUUGGCCUACUUCUCGGCUGCGGCUACCUGGGGUGGGUACAUCUUUGUGAACAACCUGAUCGGCUUGCACGCCGCAGUGCUUGUUGCGCUUGGCCAGUACAAUUCUGGCUUGUACUUGGCGUACACCUUAUGGUAUGCAGUGGGCACGAGCGGUGCUAUGCUUAUCCCCGUCAUCGGCUGGGCACCACUUCGGGCAAUGGAGCAAAUGCCAUCUCUCCUGGUGUUCGUUGUGUUCCAACUGCUACAAGCGUGCGACUUCGCCCGGCAUCGUGUCAAAGGUCUUGCUUCUCCGUGGAAAUUCUGUUUGUUUCGUGUAGCCGUAUUUGCAGCUGCCGUUCUUGCAGGGGCAGGAGUUGGCUUUACUCUAUACAGGUCGGGCCACUUUGCGCCAUUGGGUGCCAGAAUCAGAGGCCUCUUCUUGAAGCACAAGAAGACUGGGAACCCGUUAGUGGACAGCGUCGCUGAGCAUUCCGCGACAAGCAGCCAGGCUUAUGCGCAGUACUUGGGAGAUGCACGUUAUGUUGCUGCCCUGGGUCUGCUGUUCUGUUGGCACCAGCAAACUCCGGCAAAGCUCUUUCCAGUGCUUUAUGCUGCAGUAGCUUACCACUUCUCGGCGAAGAUGUCGAGGCUAAUGAUCAUUUGUGGGCCAAUUGUGUCUAUGCUCGCAGGAUAUCCGAUCGGCAUCGUGUUGGAGUGGUGCCUCCAGCAGUUCCUGAACAUGUGUUGCGCUCCAUCGCCCCUGCAGCCGGAGGUCAAGUUGCAGGUACGAUCAGGAGGCAUGGGAUCCAUUUAUCGUUGGCUUUGGCGGUAUCUGAAGCCACUUACCUUGCCCGCGGAGGUAGCGGACUUCUACGAGACAUCCGAGAGUUUGCACCGACGGUUUCCGCGACCAUGUAGGGCGACUCGAUGCACUGUGGCCAUACUGAUUUUGGCCGCUGGCUACCAGAACAUGCGUGAUCCGGUCAAGAAUUUCAUUGCGACGUGCGAGGAGAUCGCGCCUCACAUGGGGCAUCCGUCCAUCGUCUUCAAGAGCCGCCAGGGGCUCAUUACAGACUACCUUGAUGGAUACAAGUGGUUGAAGGCCAACACGCCAUCGGAUGCGCGGGUCAUGGCAUGGUGGGACUACGGCUACCAAAUCACCGGCAUAGGAAACCGAACCUCUAUUGCAGAUGGCAACACCUGGAAUCACGAACACAUCGCUACACUUGGCCGAACGUUGACGAACCCGGAAAAGAAGGCUCACAACAUCAUGCGGCACCUUGCAGACUACGUGCUGGUCUGGGCGGGUGGCCAAGGCGAUGACAUGGGCAAGUCGCCCCACUUGGCACGCAUAGCCAAUUCCGUUUUCCCAGAUGUUUGUGGCGAAGAUGAUCCAACCUGUAGGAAGUUUGGCUUCUAUGCUGGUGGCCAACCCACCGAGAUGAUGGCGGCAUCUUUCCUUUACAAGGCCGUCAGGCACAACAUCGACGAAGGAGUCCGCUUGGACGGCAAGUUGUUCCAAGAGGUGCAUACAACGAAGCACGGGCUCAUGCGAAUCUUCAAAGUGCUGGGGGUUUCAGAAGAAUCCAAGAAAUGGGUGGCAGAUCCUGCGAACCGCAAGUGUGAUGCAGAAGGUAGCUGGUAUUGUGUCGGUCAGUACCCGCCAGCAUUGCACAAGCUCAUUUCAAAACGAAAGAACUUCGCCCAGCUCGAGGACUUCAACCGAAAGGAUGGAGAGAAAAGUGCCUACACUCGUAUGGUGGAGGAGAAGAUGAAGAGAGAGGAAGCUGGCUGGGACGAUCACAUCUGA